CGUGCAGCCUCACAGAGUCGCGCGCUUCCCUGGGCUAUACCAGAGGGAGGAACGAGCGAGACGACGCGAGAAUCUCGCGGCGAGAUCCAUUCCGCUGCUGCGCCUCAAGCGGAGUCCGAAACCUAGCAAGGCGAAGGGUAGCACCAUGGCGCGGUCCGUCGAGCCCCUCGCCCUCCUCCUGCUCGUCCUCGCCGCCCUCUCCGUUGCCGCCGCGGCCGACGCGCCCUUCGUCGUCGCGCACAAGAAGGUGGCGCUCUCCCGCCCCAAGCCCGGCGUCGAGCGCCUCGCCGUCUCCCUCGACCUCUACAACCAGGGAUCCGCAACUGCCUAUGAUGUGGCCAUUAAUGAUGACUCUUGGCCAACAGAAGCAUUUGAGCUUGUCUCUGGAGAGAAAUCGAAGACAUUGGAAAGGCUUGACCCUGGUGCCACCGCUUCGCACACAUUUGUCCUGGAGACCAAGACACAGGGCAGGUUCCAAGGUUCACCGGCUAUUAUUACAUACCGUGUUCCCACAAAGACUGCACUUCAGGAGGCCUACUCAACUCCCAUCUUUCCACUGGAUAUUCUUGCUGAGAGACCUCCAGAAAAGAAGUUUGAAUGGAGGCUCAUGGCGAAGUACGGGCCGCUGGUGUCUGUUGUUUUGCUGGUUGGAGUGUUCAUCUACCUGGUCGCGAGCCCUUCAAAAAACAGUGGAAAGGCAAGCAAGAAGAGACGCUGAUCUAUUUGUAGGUUGCCAUCUUCGGUGUAGCUGAUCGUUUGCCUGGAGGAACACUUGAUACUGUGAGCUUAGAGAAUGCUUUGAAGUUACAUUUACUCACCCCACCAUGAACUGUAACGAAGUGAGCAUCAAUUAGCAAAGUGGACCUGUAAUUUUGGUUAUUACUUUCUGUUUUGUUUGUCAGUGACUUAACUCAGAGGAGUAGAUUCGGUGAAGCUUAAGAAUACAUUUUGAUA